AUGCACGCCACGCGCGUGUCAGAUACUGGUAGAGGAGACAGGGAGCACGGGUUUAGGGUGCGACCGCCCGCGCACGAAGGCUUGCAAGAGUCCGAUCACGACGGACUGGACGAGAGUCUAGGGAGGUCCGAGCUGAGCCCCUUUCGGGGAGAAACAGAACUGAAGUCGAGCCCCUCGGGGGAGGCCCUGACUGCGCGUGACAUUCUCGAAGCCCACAGGAUGUUUGAGGAGCAGGGAGAGGGGUUUGAGAGGCGCGAAGAUGUGGAUGUGCAACAGGGGCCGCUCAGGGGCGAGCAACUUGGACUUGAUCGGCGUGUCAGUAGACAGGAGGAGGAUCGGGAAAUGAAAUACCGCCGAUACUAUCAACGGGUACUCAAGGACCGUCUCACGGCGCUGCGGAAGAUAAAGAAAGAGCGCUUGGAAGAGAAGCUACGUCUGGCAAGACUGUCUCAGCGCUUGCACUUGCAGGACGAAGGCCGCGGCCGGCUGAGUGACUUGUACAAGAAGAUUCUUACAGCGUUACACCGUCAGAGGAAGGAGGAUGAUCGGGAGGAUGCGGCACGACUGAAGGCCCUUCAUCUAGCGUGGCAGGCGCAAUCAGACGACCUCGAGAAGUUCUUCAAAGAGCGCGUGGAGCUGAUUGUGGAACAUGAACAAGGCUCUGGUAGGGAGCGUGCCCAGACAAUGGCCUCGGAAGAAAGGGAGCUGUCGGAUCUGUUCCGCCGCGCCGAAAUGGACUACGAGGCCCGUCUCUCCAGCCAGGCGGUGGAGGCAGCGGCUGAGGAACGGUACCAUGCCGAGGUCCAGCACGCCUACAAGGAGCUGCUGCAGAUGGAGGACUGGUCUGGCGCCUCACGAGACAGAUUCCUAGGCGUUCGACCGAAUACCGCCUUCGAGCAGCGACUCAAGCAGGCAAGCGAAAGCAGCAACAACUGUAUUCUGCAGGAUUUGUAG